AUGAUGAGCGAGAGGACCGGUGACGCGGCCGGCGACAAGGAGCCAACGCCUUCGCUGUGGCGCAAGGUACUGGCGGAGACGUUUGGCACGACGAUGCUAGUGACGAUUGGAUGCGGGGCGCUGGCGUCGAACGGGGCGGGCCUCUCUACGCUUGUGCCUGCGUGGGCGUUCUCGGGCGUGGUCAUGGCCAUGAUCAUGUCGCUGGGUGGGAUCUCGGGAGCGCACCUCAACCCCAACGUGAGUCUGGCGUGUGUGGUGCUGCAGACGCUGACGGUGGUGGAAGGCGUGGCGUUUAUGGCGGCGCAGAUGGUGGGCGGGGUGUUGGGCGCGGCGUUUCUGUGGCUUGUUCUUCCGCCGUCGACAGACCCAGGCAUGCCUGAUCUGGCAGUCUCGUGCACCCGACUUGCGCCGCGGAUGCACGGAUGGCAGGGCAUGCUUGUAGAGGCGGUUGGCACGUGCCUGCUGGUCACGGUGGUGCUUGUGGCCGACGUCCAUCGGCCGUCGAAGCGCGACUCGACGCUCUCGGGCCCGCAGGGUGUGAUGCUUGCGCUGAUGUCGAUCAUUCUGUUUGCUGGUCCGCUCACUGGCGCGGGCCUCAACUACGCACGUGUCUUUGGUCCUGCACUUAUUUCUUCUGGCGAUUGCUGGGACAACCACUGGCUAUGGCCGGUUGGUGAGGCGCUUGGCACGCUGCUCGGCGUGGCGGUGGCGGUCACCAUUGUGCCGGGGCUCUGGCGGCGGGUUCUUCCCACCAAGAAAGAGCCUGCGGUGGGGAUGACCAACAUGGCGUACGCCGCGACGCAGGCUUGA